UGACAAUGCCAAUGUGAAUCACGGGUCCGCAAUUGCGACUAUUUAUUUACAAAAAUAACAAUGAAUUUUGUGAGACAAAAGUUUUUUGACGUUGUAAUUCCUUACUUUAGUAAGAGAAUAGAAACCAACAAAGAACAAAAAGUCACAAAGUAUGGACAGUAUUUUGAGAAGAUCUAUGAAGUUCUUAGCUGGGAAGAUACUCGCUACAGUUUGAUAGUUUUUGUUGUUUUUAAUUAUUUAUUUUGGUUAAUGGUGCAAUGGCAGAUCAAAAUUGUUGGUCUCAUAUUCUUUAUAUUGUUAAUUCUCUUUUUAUUCGACACAUUUUUUCCACAUUCGAGACAAAUAGAACAACCUAUAAAGUCAGCUGAUAUGGUGGAUAAUACAUAUAUAGUUAUAAUGGACAUAUUCUAUGGGUUGAAAGCUUUUAGGAAUGAAAAUUCGCUCACUUUUUGCGUGGGUAUGUCGAUAGUGUUUUUGAUUAUAAACAUUAUUGCGAGAACCGUAUCGGGAUAUCUAAUAUGUUACCUACUCUUAUUACUAAGUUUCUUCGUACCAUUAGGUAUUAAAUUACUACCAGAAGAAGUAACCUCGAAAAUAGCCAAUGGAAUUAAAUAUACUUUUAAUGUAAAAGGUACGUUAGCCGAAGAAGAGUUGGUUCCUUUUAUCUGCGACAAAGAUUUUAAUAACAGAGAUGCUGAUUUAGACAGUCUGUGUACUGAUAGAACUGCAGAUUCAGUUUCAAAUUCACUUAUCAGUGGAAUAAGUACGAUGCCUUCGUUUCUGGACAUGGCCGAGGGCGACAGAGAUAUAGAGGAAGAAGAUCUCAUACCACCACUAACCCCAAGUGAUAUUUCGAGUGAUUCAGAUUUAGAUCAUAAGGAAAUGAGUAUCGAUUCGUCCCACUUUAACGGAGAUAGUUCUUCGGAAGAAGAAAGGUUUCUAGAUAACACCGCAGUUUUCCCCGCAGAUUUUACCGACGAUUCCGGAAACACGUCUCGAUUUGCCAGUGUUCGGUCGAAUAUCGGUCAGUUAGUCUCGAAUGUGUGGAGUUACGCAGGAUCUAGUAACAAACCCGAGAUCAAGAGGCAGAACAGUAGCAGCAGUAGUAGUGAAUUUGAAUUUGUUAGUUCAUCCGAUGUUAAAGAAUAAGGCUGCGAUUCGUCGAUUUCGGAGGAAUUCGUGUCGCCUUUUCAUUGAUUUAGCAGCUUCAGCUGAAUAAUAAAUAGCGAUUGGUAUUAAUAAAAGUAAACUGGUAUUACUUUUCUAACAUGUGGUUUAUUAUAAUUUAUUUUUGUUUUUUAGGAUGUUUAUGUUUAAUAAAAUAUAAAAACACGAUGA